ACCGGCGGCGCUCUUCCUCCGCAGGAUCUCCGCCGAGCGUCUUCCAUUUACCGAGAGAGAAAACGGGUCAGGUGUGCGUAAUCAGAGCGCCAUAUCUGUCAGACUGAACGCGGAAGGGGCGGGGGUCUCCCAUUCGGUAGUUUUCAACUGGGGAAGUGUCCCGGGGAUGGGCCGGGUGAUCGCGAAAUGCCGCCUCCGUGUUGCUCGCAGCGAUUCGGGAGUUGUCCAGCUGCUGGUACGCACCGUCUGCUGACGCCAACCUAGGACUGGGAGAGGGUUUUUUUUCGUUUUGUGACCAAAAUCAAAGGACUGUUCCUCAGCAGGAUCUGAGAAAACACCGAAGCAAAUCUCAUGAAUGUUCCGAUUCAUGGUUCUGGUCCGCUCGGCGUCGGAAGCCACAGCUGUUUUAUGCCUUCAGGUCCACGCAUGCACCGGUUGAAAUGACGUCCAAGCGGUGGUUCUGAUUGAUCGACCAGACCCGCGAGAAUCCACGUCGUGUAUCUGCGCCGGGGAGAGCGAGGCUGAGGCGGGUCAGAAGCCGGGAGGAUAUGGGAGAGAGAGUGGAACCCAAGCAGCGGCUCUUGGCGAGACGUCGUCGAAAUACAGGGCAGUGAUGCCUGGAAUGGUGAUGUUUCGGCGGCGCUGGUCAGUCGGCAGUGAUGACCUGGUGCUGCCCGCUCUCUUCCUUUUCCUACUGCACUGUAUCUGGUUUGUGGUUCUGUCCGUGGUCCUGUUCGGCAUCCCCUACAGCCCGGAGCAGCCCUGCUCUGUGACACUUGUGGAACAUGGGCGAGGGUAUCUGGGCAUCCUGGUCAGCUGUCUGAUCUGUGAAAGCGCCAUCAUGUGGUUAAGCAUGAGAGGCAGCAUUCUGUACACGCAGCCCAGGGAGGCUGUGCAGUACGUCAUCUAUAUCCGACUGGCCAUCCUCCUGGUGGAGUUUGUUUAUGCUGUGGUGGGUAUCGUCUGGCUUCUUCAGUAUUACCAACCCUGCUCUGAUGUCACUGCCAAAAACCUGGCUCUUGGAAUCGUAGCGUGCAACUGGUUAGUGAUACUCAGUGUUUGCAUCACGCUCAUGUGUACCUUCGACCCGACCGGGCGGACGUUUGUCAAGCUGAAAGCGACACGACGGCGACAAAGGAACCUGACCACUUACACUCUGAGACACAGACUUGAGGAAGGACAAGCCAGCAGCUGGAGCAGGAGACUGAAGUUCUUCAUGUGCUGCACUCGAGCUCAGGACACUCAAUCAGAUGCGUAUUCAGAAGUGGCCAGCCUUUUCGCAGAGUUCUUCAGAGACUUGGAUAUUGUGCCUAGUGAUAUCAUUGCUGGCUUGGUGCUCCUGCGUCAGAGGCAGAGGUCUAAAAGAUCUGCCAUUCUGGACCAGGCUAACAACGAUAUUUUGGCCUUCUUGUCUGGGAUGCCUGUCACUCGCAACACUAGAUACCUGGACCUUAAGAACUCUGCUGAGAUGAACAUGUACAAAGAUGUGUGUUAUUACAUGCUCUUUGCCCUCGCUGCGUAUGGUUGGCCCAUGUACCUGAUGAGGAAGCCUGCCUGUGGGCUGUGCCGCCUUGCCAGCUCCUGCCCCUGUACAUCAGUUUCUGGCUCUCGGUUGUCCAUGUCUGUGACGGUGGAGGAGGACAACUGCUGCGGCUGUAAUGUCCUAGCCAUACGGAGACACUUCCUGGACAGGGACCUCAAACAAGUUCAUAUUGUCUACACUUCCUGCCACGAUGCUGUUUAUGAGACUCCCUUUUUUGUGGCUGUGGAUCAUGAAAAAAAGAAGGUUGUUAUAAGCAUCAGAGGAACGUUAUCGCCCAAGGAUGCCUUGACUGACCUGACGGGCGAUUCUGAACGCUUGCCGGUCGAGGAGCAGCAGGGGACGUGGCUGGGUCACAAGGGGAUGGUGUACUCCGCAGAAUAUAUCAAGAAGAAACUGGAGCAGGAGAUGAUCUUGUCUCAAGCCUUCGGAAGGGACCUGAACAAGGGUACCAUGCACUACGGCCUGGUGAUCGUAGGACAUUCUCUGGGUGCAGGCACUGCUGCUAUCCUCUCCUUCUUGCUUAGACCCCAGUAUCCCACCCUCCUCUGCUACUCCUACUCCCCACCUGGAGGCCUUCUCAGUGAGGACGCCAUGGAGUACUCCAAAGAGUUUGUCACGUCUGUGGUGUUGGGGAAAGACUUGGUCCCGAGGCUCGGCCUCUCUCAACUAGAGGGUUUCCGACGCCAUCUCCUGGAAGUCUUGCAGAAAAGUAAUAAGCCAAAGUGGAGGAUCAUUGCAGGAGGCACCAAAUGCAUCCCCAAAUCCGAGCUUCCGCUAGAGGAUGAAGAUCCUCAAUCUCAGCAAGCAGUCCCACCCCCCAGCAGUCGCCUUUGGCUUCACCCGAGUGACCUCAGCAUUGCACUUUCAGCUUCGACGCCCCUUUACCCUCCUGGAAGAAUUAUUCAUGUGGUGCACAACCAUCCUCCAGAGACGUGCUGUUCUCAGGAAGAUCCCACCUACUCUGCUCUCUGGGGAGACAACAAGGCCUUCAACGAGGUCAUCAUUUCGCCCGCCAUGCUAAAUGAGCAUAUGCCCCACAUGGUGAUGGAAGGACUGAACAAGGUGCUGGAAAACUACAACAAAGGGAAAACUGCCUUGCUGUCUGCAGCUAAGAUCAUGGUGAGCCCGACAGAAGUGGACUUAAACCCCGAGAGUAUAUUCAUGGACGCUUCAGCGACAUCCCAGCAGCCGACACCUGCAGUCCAUCAUCGCAGGAACAGUAGUGUUCGGCAAAAACCUUUGCUACGUUCAUGCGCCCAGUCUGAGAUCUCUCUGGACGGGUUUUCCGAGUGCCCUCCUCCUCCAGUUCCUGUAGUUCUACGCGGAGCCCGCGAGCGCCUCACAGUGGCGCUGAGGGACCGCAAAGCACCACUAGCCGUCAUGGAAAGCCUCUCAGAUGCGGAAUCUCUUUAUAGUUUGGAUUCCCGUCGCUCCUCUGCCGCUCUGAGAGGCUCGCCGAUGCUGAGCAGCCUUCCGUUCCCACUGGACGCCACGAUUCCCGAAGAGAACCCGUCGCUUAGCUCUCGCACUGAAUUGCUGGCCGCGGACUGCCUCUGCCAGGCUACACCAGAGCACCUUGGAGAGGUUGGACCUUUUUUUCCACCCCUGGAGUCCACGUCCACCCCUGAAUACCCAAUGCAACUGUCCCCGGCUACUCCCUUCUAUAGCGGACACCAGUCACCAGCUCUAAUAAACCAGAGUGUCUUGGCUCCCACAGUGAAGUCUGAGCCUAUAACUCUUCCUGAUAUUGAUCACCAACGGAUACCAGGCAUCUACAGUCCUGGAAGCACCCCCAAUGCUCCUCUCAGCCCUCAAAUGGGCUCCAAAUCAAUUGAUGGAGAGAAGGAACUGUGGGAGAUGGACAUGAGUGCAGAUUUAAGGCAAGCCGAUGCAACGCCUCCGUCACAGAUGUCCAACGGAAACCCCAGUCGGGCGGUUCUGGAAUUCGCCCAGUAUUUGGACUCUCUAUUUCGGCUGGAUGGCAGCAGCUCCCCUCCACUGGAGCUGUCCGACUGCGAGUCCGAGUCAGGCCGCGGCUCCCUUGGUCAGGUCGAAUGUCUAGAGGAAACACAGCAGUUAGAUGACAAGCAGCUUCUGGCCAGAGCGACACUGGAGCCAAACCUCGUCCCCAAGCCUCCGCGCACCUUUGCAGGAUCCGCCGACCCCUCCUCUGGAAUCUCUUUGUCCCCUUCCUUCCCUCUGUCCUCAUCGGAAGAGCUCAACGAUCUCUCACCCGCCGAGAGCGCUCCGCCUGCCAUUCUCUCUCUACGGACAUCCAGUCUGAGCCACUCUCCGGAGGAGAACACGCUCUCCUCCAUGGUGUAGUGGGCUUGUUUCUAAUAUAAGUGGUGCAGUCAUUCAGAUUUUGAAAACAUAUCACUGAACAUGCAUGCAAUGGAAUGCACGCACUCAUCAGAGAUGUAAUGGCAGAACCAUUCUUCAGGAGUUCCCUUGGAAAUGCUCGACAGCAUUUCACACUAUUGCAAUGACUUUAAAAGAAGAUACCUCUCUCUGCAUGCCAGGGGGCUGUGCUGCUUUCGGGUAAAAUAAAAAUAACUGUAGCUUCACAAUGCCAUUCCUGAACAAUGCCAUCUCACCCGUGUAGAGAUGCGUCAGCUUUACAUCCCAGAUUUCACGAAAGAAGGGGAGAGAUCGGGAGCAGUGAUGUCCAAGAGGUUGGGAAACAAUACUGCUCCAUCAGCAGCUCCGACAUCCAGCCUUUAUUUUAAUUUCAAAUCAGGAAUGUGAAGAUGCACAUACAGUACGUCAAUCAAUAGAAGUGAGAAAACGUUGGGUCGUGUUCCUCAGGUCUACUCAGAGUUGACUUUCAGAAAGAGAAAGUGUGUUUUAUUGGUGAGAAUUCAUGUGUCUUAAAAAAAAAAGUUGUGAUUGUGAAAAAGUUAUUACAGACGCCUAUGGAUGUUUGUGGGUUUUAUUUUGUUUACUAUUUAUAGUGCAUGAAUAAUGUUGUCAUUUUUUUAAAAAGGAGAUGUCGUCACCUGGGCCACAAAGAAUGAUCUUGCACAGCCACUCAAUCCUCCACCCACCUGCCAAAAAUGUAACUUGCCAAAUGUGUUUCAUAAAUGUCAUUUUGUACGUGGAUGUCGGUCUUCUUUCGACUCAGACCCAGGCUCUAUUUAAUAUCUGACAGUCCAGUCCCUUGUAGACUGUUACAUUAGCCCUCAGCUACAGUCACAUUCAAGGCUGCUCGCCAACAUCAGAGGCACAACCGAGAACUUGCAUAUAGUUCCUAUCUGAACUACUGUAACUAUAUAUUCAGGGAGCUGUUGUCGAUGUUCCCACGUGUCAAUCUGCAUGUUUUCGGCUUCUCAGAGUAGCAUGGCUUGUACUUUUUAUUCAGCAAUGAUAUUAACAUUUACUCCCAUUUCGCGAAGGAAAUCAAUGACUGUUUGCGUCAGAAGGAAAAGCUCUGGAAUUGUUACUUUAAUUAUUCAAAGUUGACUUUCUGAUUUGUGUGAGGUUGAUUUGACGCUUGGCGCUGCGUUUUUUACUCAUGAAAUAUGAGUCUCAACUGAAAAAUCAAUAUUCAGUGGCUGAAACGAUUUUCCUUUGCUACUUUACGUCGCUCUUGUUAAAAAGGUUUGUGGGGCUUGGAUGCAGGAUGCAGUUCAGAGAGGUAGAUGACGACAAAACGUGUUGAAAGUGAAGUUGAAUCAAAAUGUAGAGCAAUGUUAUUGGACAAUAAUUGGCUUGUGAAAGUUGUUAAAAUUGCAAACUUGAGAUUAUAAACAAAAGUUAAGGUUGUUUAUAUUUAAAAAAAGUGGGAGUGAGUAUGGAAGAACUGAAAGCUAAGUUGAGUACGUGUCAAACUCAGGCCCGGGGGCCAAAUCUGGCCCGCCAGGUAAUUUAUAAUGGUCCCACAAAAGAAUCCGAUUCAAAAAGCGCACUAAAUUGCACUAAAAACUAGACAUAUCAUGACCCACAUAGAUCCUUGUUCAUGACAGGCUAGCAAGUGGAAUAUUUUUUAAAAAAUGGUGCAGGUAAAGGGGAAUUUGAUGAAAGAUGGGUAAAGCGGAAUGAAUGUUUGUCCUUCAAGAAGAAAACCAGACUGUCUCCUGUGUCGGGUCUGUGGUGGAGGUUGUGUUUUGAAGCUGACCACUGAGAAGCCUUGUGUUGAGAUUGGCCUUCAAGAAUUGAAUGUGGAUUAUAUUAGAUUAGAUUAGACCGCCUUUGGAAACCACAUCUUCCUUGACAAUGAAUGACAUUAACGGAUGGUUUAAUAAAUAUAUAUUUUGUUUGGCUGCCAUUUGGUCAGUGAAAUGAUGCGCCCUUUGCGUAAUUGAAGUUGACACCCCUGUGCUAGAAAGUUCAAGCACAUUCUUGUCCAGGAUAGGAUUUAGAUCUAUUUUUAAAAAGGUGUCUUCCAGCAUGACACUUCGUCGUUUAAAGUAGAGUUGCCGUUUUUGUUGGCCGAUACAGACUGCAGAUUUAUUUAUUUAUUUUUCUCCUCAACUGAAUCACACAAUCAUUUUUUAUUCAUUA